AUGGGAACGCUGCCAGCGCGGAAAGAUAUCCCGCCGUGGGUAAAAGUUCCUGAAGAUUUGAAAGAUCCUGAGGUGUUCCAGGUCCAGACGCGAUUGCUGGAAGCCAUAUUUGGCCCACAUGGAUCUGGAAUCCCAAAUUUUGAGAAAGUGUGUAAGGCCAUGCUCGAGCUGAAUGUUCUGGAAUCCUCCGACCUCACUGAAGUGGUGGUUUAUGGCUCUUACUUGUACAAGCUUCGUUCCAGGUGGAUGCUUCAGUCCCUGGCCGAGUGGCACCGCCAGCGACAGGAACGAGGAAUAAUCAAACUUGAGGAAGCCAUGAAUGCUCUCGGACUAGGCCCUGAGAUGAAAUGA